CAUACAUGUUUAAUCGUGGUUUGUCACUGAAUAACUAUCAAACUUCACUUGAAAAACAAUUAAUUAAAUUGCAGUAAAUAAACUAGAUCAAAUAUAUACUGUAAAUACCAUUGAGUUUCAGUCUGAGUUAGAAGUCGAAAAAUAUAUGACAAGGAUUUUAGUUCAUUUUUAUAUUAUUAAUAGGAAAAUUUUGUCUGGUAUUAUUUUGUAAUUAUGCAACUCAAUGAUUUUUUAUUUGUUUUGACAUUGGCUACGCUAUGUGUGCUUUUUGCGACAAACUCAUUUUGUAUGGGAUAUGAACACGUUGACAGAAACAUAAAAAACAUCAUGUCUAGAGCCGAAGCGAAAAAUAAAAGUGUAUCAAAAUACGAAGACGAUGCAAAAUUUUGGUUGGAAAUGGGAAAAAAUAUCUUAGAGGAGAAAAUAAAAAUACAAAGGCAGUACGGCAUUGCUAAGAACGUGAUUUUCUUUCUUGGCGAUGGAAUGUCAAUUCCCACACUAACCGCCGCCCGAAUAUACAAAGGACAAAUGAAAGGCAAAACGGGCGAAGAAGAAACGUUGACGUUUGAGAAAUUCCCGUUUACGGGACUGUCCAAAACGUACUGUGUGGAUAGUCAAGUCGGAGAUUCUGCAUGUACAGCAACAGCAUAUCUGACAGGUGUAAAAAGCAACAUUGAAACUAUUGGCGUAUCGGGGAAAGUUAAAAACAGAGACUGUAAGGGGUCUAUUGAUUCAAAUAACCGUACCGAAUCUCUUUUACGGUGGGCCCAAAAAGCAAAUAAGAGGACUGGUUUGAUAACGAACAUGAGAAUAACACACGCCACGCCUGCAGGUGCUUAUGCUAGUAUAGCAAAUCGUGGAUGGGAAAGUGAUCAUGACAUAAAUUAUGAUAUAUUUAAUGGCCUAGCACAUAGAGAGUGCUUAGAAACAAGUGACAUUGCUAGACAAUUAAUUGAAAGCGAAACUGGACAAAACCUCAAUGUUAUACUCGGAGGAGGUUUGGGGAAAUUUAUACCUAAUUAUGAAAAAGAUGUUUUUGGAAGACUAGGUGAGAGGAUUGAUGGAAAAAAUUUGAUAAAAAAAUGGACUGAAAUGAAAAAAGACAAAAAAGCGAAAUUUGUUAUGAAUAGAUCUGAACUAAUGGCUGUUGAUAACAAAACUGAUUAUUUAUUUGGUUUGUUCGCUUACAGUCAUAUGGAAUUCAAUCUGACAUCAAAUAAGAAAAUUGAACCUUCCUUAGUAGAAAUGACGGAAAAAGCUAUUAAUAUUUUAUCUAAUGACAAAAAUGGUUAUGUUUUAUUCAUCGAAAGUGGUAAUAUAGAUUGGGCUCAUCAUGAUAAUUGGGCGCAUAUCGCAUUGGACGAAACAGUUAUGCUGUCUAAUGCUGUAGAAAAAGCUUUACAAUUAACGAAUUCGUCAGAAACUCUGAUAGUUGUGACAUCUGAUCAUGCUCAUACCAUGACCCUCAAUGGGUAUCCUCAUAGGGGUGCUGAUAUAUUUGGUCAUGCAAAAAAUUCAGAUAUAGAUCAAAUGCCGUUAUCCACUCUCAGUUACGCUAAUGGACUAGGAGUUAAGCCAUCACGGGACGGUAAAAGAUACAAUCUUACGGAUGAUGAUACACAUGAUAAAUGGUAUCAAUUCCAAGCUAUGGUUCCUCUUACUAAGGAGACCCAUGGUGGUGACGACGUGGCAGUAUUUGCAAAGGGGCCUUGGGCUCAUCUAUUCGUAGGUAACUAUGAACAAAACUAUAUACCUUUCGCCAUAAGUUACGCCGCUAAAAUAGGACCUGGUGCAAAAGAUCAUAGAAAUAGUGCAGCUGAAAUAUUCUCAUUUAAUACUAUACUACUAUUGAUCACAAUCUCAAUUGGUCAAUUUGCCAUCAACAACUAAACCACAUCAUAAUCAAGAAAAAUUUUAAGUGUUUUUGUACUUUUAAAUAAGUCUUGGUAUUACAAUUAAUAUGAUACCAAUAACAAAAAUAUUGUUUUUAAAUAAUUAUUUUUUUUUUAAUAUUUGAAAUAUAUUUUAUAGACAUUUUUUUCAA